AUGUCCGUUUGGCCUUUUACAAUGAUCGACCUGCCGGACCUGCCCAACCGCUGCACAGACCUGCGCAAACAGGUCACUGCGAUCUUUGCGCCUACCGAAAUUCCCAGUAAAGGAUUCGUACCCGACGUAGCAACCGAUAUAGCCUCUAAGCCUCAAGCAACUCGAAUUCCCAUCAAAGACUCCGACGAUGGUGGAUUAAGCACAGGCGCCAUUGCAGGUAUUGCAGUCGGAGCAGCUCUGGGCGGUAUUGCUAUUCUCGCAGCCGUCUUCUUCAUGUGGCGGCGACGUCGUGGGAAGGCCCAGGCCCAAACAUCAGCACCGACACCGGCAACGGCACCAGCGCAAUAUCACCAGUCCUCUCCGGCCCCUCAAUAUCAGUCACCGGGAAUGCCAUCUUCACCUGAUCCUUACCCUGGUUACGACAAGCACAGUAUCGUGUAUCCCAAUUCACCCUCGACCUUCUCGGACGGUACGGGGAUCCAGCGGCCUGUCUCAGACAUGAGCAUGAGUACCGUCUCUCCGACGCCCAUGGGAUCCCCACGGCCUCAUCCCUCGCAAUACUAUCAACAGGGAGGCCACCCGGCCCAGGGAUCCUAUGGACAUGGUUCGCACGCAGAGCUCUCGCACGACGCAAGGGCGGUGUACGAGAUGCCCGAGAUUCGAGAGAAGCCUGACAGAUCUGAGCUACCGUGA